AUGUCUACGACUUCGACGACCAAGAAAUCUAGCAAGAGGGAUGAGUAUACCUCUCAUGCUUGCACAGAGUGCCAGCGACGCAAGGUUAAAGUUAGUCUGACACACUCAAUCGGUAUGAUCACUUCAGUGCUGAUGCUACAUCGCAGUGUUCUGGACAAUCACCAUGCCACAACUGUCUCGGCAGAGGUGCUGAAUGCAGCUAUCAAGAUCCUCCAAAUGGAUCUAGCAAGAGGAAGCGAAAGAAAGCGUCAUCAAAUCCAAAUAACCAUCAAGAAGACGCGCAGUUCCCUCGUCAAGUGCGUCCUUCUCUGCGUCAGACGAGACAGCACUCCUCAAGGAGCAGCUUCAACGACUGCAACAAGGCCUGGAUACAGUUCGCACAACACUCCGCCACAGACAGGUAGUUUGGCAUUCUCGCCAGAUGAACCAUUGAAUCAAUCCAUCGAGGUAUUUGAACCACAGAUUGUAGUAGACAAUCUUGGAGAAGAAUCACCGAGCUCUUGUCAGGAUGAGGUCACCUAUGCCGAGACAGACACUUUUGUCCCUGGCAAUAAAUGGCUGAACCGAUUCGCUGUUGCUUCGCAGAUUUGUGAUCUACGCUCUAGUGUCGGCGCAGAUCCAGUUCUUCCAAAUACACCUCCCGCCAAGAUCUUUACUGUUUUGCUGCCUUGCCCUAGGGACCUGACACAAGCCAUGAAGAUAGGCCUGGCUGAGAUCGACUGCUUAUUUCCUUCCAUUCAUGGAACGAGGCUGGUAGAAGCGAUUUCACGAACCUUGGAGGCGCUCUGCUACUCUUCUACUACCCACACUGUCGUCGUGACGGAGCAGCAUCACUUGAUCAUAUCUAUUCUUCUCGUCAUCAUUGCAGCCGGACAGUUCCUUGACGAUAGAACAGGUCCCCAUAUCUAUCUCGACAAGGCGUGGCCUGGCUCAGAGGCUUAUUGGCAGAGUAGGAAGCUCAUACAGCACUUCGAAGCAGCAGACAUAUUGCGUCGUCUAUCACUGCAUCUCCGCGGCGUAUCUCCUAGUAGCAGAGCGGUUACGUCUUGCCUCGACACACGUGCUCAACGGGCUUCAUUCCGCUAUCCACUGGCAUUAUGGGUCCAUCUUGACUUUCUGGACAAGCGCAACCCGCAGAAAUGUGGCAUUCCAUAUUUUGUUGGAAACAGUCUUGGGGUUGUGGACUUUGAACACGAGACUAACCCCCACAUCAACAUGAAGGACAAGGCAUACCUGAAGACCAUGUUUAGCCAUGCUAGACUCUGGGCAUCGGUUUGGGACGGGUUUCUGGCUCCCAAUGCCCCAUUGGCGAGUGAUUGGGUUGAGAUCCAAGCGUUUGAUGCCAAGCUCCUAGCUUUUAGGGAGCAAUACCCCGCAUUCAACCAUGGAACGGGGAGUCAGUGGACGACGCCAUUUUCGAAUCUCCUUCAGAGACAGAAGAUCAACGGCGGCUUCUUGUUUUCCUGGAUUUCCAUCGAGUCCCUGGAUGCGAUGGGCCAUUACCUAGACAACUGGGGCGCAAACCCGCGUGGUGGCUACAUACUAACUUCUUCUCUGGUCGAGUCGAUAUACUAUAUCACCCUCGGACACCGUGAGGGUGUUUCUAUAAUCGACCCCGAACCAUUUUCUCUAGCGCUUCGCCGAGCGAGGAAUAUGCUAGAAUCUCUGUCUGCGACAAUCAUGUCGGCAGCUAGAGCGUUCAAAGCCUUGCAGUGUGUGCUGGACUUUAAUUCUCACGAUUCGCGUCCGGACUACGACCUCUUAUUCCCCCUGGAGAGUUUUCCAGAGUCCAACUUCACCUUUGAAAUGCCGCUUGGUCCGGUCGAUUAUCCCUCAAGUACGGAGACAUUUGAUUUCUCAAAGACCUUUGACGGGAUAAUUCCAGAUUCGAUGGCAGGAUCUAAUGUUGAGGUCAGUUCAGCAUUAGCUGAGAUAUUCAGUGAGAUAGAAGCUCGAUAG